AUGCGGGGUGUUGCAGCAGCCGUACCAAGAGUGUGGAGGACAUCGGUUCAGAAAGCACUUGGUGUCUUUGCAGGUGGGCUGGCAGAGGAGACGGAUGACAAAGUUCUUCGUGCUGCUUUUAUUCCUUUUGGAGACAUCACAGAUAUUCAAAUUCCACUGGAUUAUGAAACAGAAAAGCACCAAGGAUUUGCUUUUGUUGAAUCUGAGUUGGCAGAGGAUGCCGAAGCAGCUAUCAAAAACAUGAAUGAAUCUGAAAUGUUUGGGCGGACAAUCCAUGUCAGUUUGGCCAAACCAGUGAGAAUUAAGGAAGGCUUGUCCAGACCAGUUUGGUCACAUGAUGACUGGUUGAAAAAGUUUUCUAGGAAGACUUUUGAAGAGAGGAAAGAGGAAGAAGGGUCAGAGCUUCCCAAAGUGGAAACCCAGGAGGGAUAGCCCGCCGUAAAAAAGGCCCAGUUAAACCCUCAGAUGUACAUGGACAUCAAGGUCAGGAACAAGCCAGCAGGCCGCAUCCAGAUGCUCCUGCGUUCAGGCGUCGUUCCCAUGACAGCAGAGAAUUUCCGCUGCCUGUGCACCCACGGGAAGGGCUUUGGCUUCAAGGGCAGCAGCUUCCACCACAUCAUCCCCCAGUUCAUGUGCCAGGGCGGCGAUUUCACCAACCACAGCAGCACCGGGGGCAAGUUAUCUAUGGGAAAGUUUGACAAUGAAAACUUCAUCCUCAAACACACGGGACCAGGCCUGCUCUCCAUGGCCAACUCUGGCCCAAACACCAACGGCUCCCAGUUCUUCCUGACAUGUGACAAGACGGAUUGGCUGGACGGCAAGCACGUGGUAUUUGGGGAGGUCACGGAAGGCCUGGAUGUCUUGCGGCAGAUUGAGGCCCAGGGCAGCAAGGAUGGGAAACCCAAGCAGAAGGUCAUCAUCUCCGACUGUGGGGAGUACGUGUGAGAGGGGAGCUGUCAGGCCGGGGAAACGGCAGCCAAGGUGUCCCG